CUCCUGCAUUGCUCGCGAAGAUCCUGCAUCCAAACACGACAACACGCAAUUGCGGUCAUUCGCGCUGCCCCCCGAGCAUGGCGGCCAACAACCGCUCUUUCGCGGCGCGCAUCGCCUCCAUCUCGUCCAACACCUCCAGGAUGGAGUCGUGGGACGACGGCGACUUCGACGACCGCUCCGACGGCCUGCUCUUCAAAAACUCGACAGUCCACUCGCUCUCAUCACGCAUGAGUGUGCGCUCCGAAUCAGAGUCCCAGGACGACUGGCAGUUUCUCAUCUCGCCCGACGACCAGGCCACAAACGCCUCUGCCAUCACCUCGGCCGCGAAGCAGGCCGGCAUCCCCAUACCCGCAAACGUGCCCUCGUCCGCCCUGCUAGGGGGGUCUAUCAAGAGGCUGGGGAAAAAGAAGUCGACCAAGAAAAUGGACGUCGACGAUGACUGGGGCAACGACCUCGAGCUGCCCGCAAACGCCUCCAAAGGCCUCAAGCUUAAGCCGCUCGCUGCUCGCCCGCCUGCUGACGAUGCCGAUGAUGACCUCGACUGGGGCGAGGGAUCCUUGGGCAUCCGCUUUGCAGGCACGCGACAGGCCACUCGCGGUGCCCGCAGCUCCUCGGUCUCCGCCAUGAGCCCUAGCCUGGGCAGCUGCAUGACAAUGGAGAGCGAAGAGGACGACCUGGGCGGCCUCGUCUUGCCCACCGAGCCCAUGGACUUUAGCGCCCGGCUGGAGAAACUCAAGAAGGCCGACCACCUACACCAGCAGGACUCAACCCAGCGUGCACCCGAACUAUCUCUCCUUCCACCGCUUCAGCUCGGUCCGACAUCUGCUCCAGCACCGCCUACAUCGUUCCCUACACAAGAACCACCCCUAUCACCCACCACUGGUCCCGCCUUCUUUUCACCCUUAGGGAGCCCCAAGGCUCCAUCGCCAAAGCCAAGGCCGGCUGCUGAGCCAGAGGAGGAUUUUGAAGAGGGUUUCGAGUUUGGCACUGGUGAAAUUCUGGACAGCAAGAAGCUCACCUUGAACAAGAACAUCGUCGUAAAGAAGACCACCAACAAGGCCAAUGCGUCACACGCCGCUCGUCCUGCGACCACACUCACCUUUACCGACCGGCCGACCAUAUCGCGAAUUCCAAGGCCACUACCGUCCAUCGCCAGCCGCACCCGGCUAACUCCCGUCUACGAGACCGGCGCGUCAGCCUCGAACCAAUCGUCAAGGACCAUGCCUACAACUACUAGCGCACAGCUCCUCCGCGCGAAGCGCUCUGCUCCUGUUCUCCGCAACAUAAGCUCUACUCAGCCGCCUCGCAUGCCCUUCAUCCCUGCUGGUGGUCCUUCCUCUCAGUCACACCACGUCAUGGCCAAGAGCACUUCACAAACUCAUCUUCGUCGUGACUCUGACUCUCGUCGUCCUCUUUCUCCUUCUAUGCGGUCUUACUCUCGCUCAUCUGGACAUCAGAAUGAGACACCGAGCCGCGCAGGGGUCCGACGCGAUUUGGCACCCUCUGCACUUGCACGCAACCCACUCCCAAGAAAGCUAACCCAGCCCCAGCGCAAGCGGAACUUUGGCGAUGGGCACGAACUUGACAUGUUUGAUGAUCUACCCACCUCGGCUACAAAAGAGAAGCAAUUCGAAAAGGUCCCACGUAAUGUUGGCAGUAACAAAUCCUUACGCACACAACCUAGUAAUUCCCGCCUGCCCAUGCCUGACCGCAUGGCGACGCCCCAGCCUCAGACUCCACGAAGUCCACCUAGAACGGACAACACUCCCCGAUUUGCUCGAGAUACUGCUGCGAGUAGGAACGCACGAGAGCAACGAUUGGCAGGUACGAGGUCAAGAGCGGAUGGCUCCGUCUCCCAAAGGCCUGUGAGCUGGGCUGCUCAAGUUGCCUCUCGCAGCCCUCAGUCUAGCCCAAAUCACAAGAAGAAAGGCUUAGGGCAGAAGCCUCAAUUGAUCCGCCAGAUGACCCAACCUCAGUCUUACAACGAGAAAGGCAUGACUUAUAACCCUACCCUACAGCGAUGGGAAGGUAACGAGGAGGAGCUCGUUUCCUUCUCCCACCCUAAUACUUCCACUACUACUCUUGCCUUGACCACUGCUAGUACACCAACUUUUGCACCCCCCUCUAACCAGACGGGCCGCCCACAUGACCGUUCGCAGUCCAUCUCGCACAUAGCGCUCUCGUCCAUUCAUGCUUCUCAAGCACACAGGAGCUUCUCGGCACGGGCAGCAAAACUUGCCCAGCCGCCAGCGCCAGCACCAGCACCCUCCCCGCCUCGACCUGCAUUGAUAUCUCAAAUCUCAGUGCCUCGAAGCGUGCAGUAUGAAGGCCGCAUGGUAUUUGAUCCUGUCAAGAUGACCUGGCUCAAAGCCCCUCGCCCAAUGAACGACGUUCGUUCACCUUCCGAAGUCGACGAGGACGAGGACCCCUUUGCUGGCCUUGAAGACUUGAAAGACAACGAGAGCGUUGCUGGCGGCAACGGUAUGAGUGGUACCGGCACGCCAAACCCCGAAGAUCCCGCCUUUGUAGGCGAAGAGUUCGACGUCGGUCCUAGUUUCAUCCGUCGUCAACGUGACGAAGAAGCCAUCUGGCGCCGUCGAGUCGAAGGUUGGGUCGGCGGCCUUCGCGACAACGGCGAACAUCCUGGCGGAUGGCGAUGGGCGAUCCGCGACUUCGCUGCCAGCGCGCCUGCUGGUAAUCCCGCGUUUUAACGACCUUGUAUAUGUGCAUCCGCAUUUACGAUUUUAUGAUCGCAUCCAAGAUUCCCCUCUUUGGGCGCAUAUUGUGGAACAUUGUUUCACAAAAAGUAAUGACUUGCUUGGAAUGUCUAUUUGAGAUAUCCCCCCCUGGAGUGUUAUGAAGGGCGUGCUUCAAUGCCGCCUCACUCUUACGACGUAUUUUACGACUUAAUGACGGCAUGACCGUAUUACAGAUGGGGCUUCAUUGCUCGGACACAUGACUCACGAAAUUUCCUUUGUAUAAUGAUCUGCGGCGUCUGGGUCAUCUUCAUUCAGUAUAUAAGAAAACAUUAAUACUACAUUGCUGCU